GGGUCAAAGAUGUCAGAGAAAAAUCUUGUUGGGGUUUUAAAGUACAGAAGUGGACUCAGAGUUGUUUCCCAGGAGAACUGCUGGCAGGAGAUAAUGGCAGAUCCUUCAGUAGUGGAUCACCUGACACGACUGAAACUCAAACUCCUACAAAAGAGACUAGAAAAUGAACAGGAGAACCUCGAGAAGAUGGAGUUGUCUCCCCCAGCUGCAAGGAACAGACCUCAGGACGUACUCCAAGGUGCCCUGAGGCAAAGGAAAGAUCUGCUGCAGGAGCUUAGGGAGCAGCACCUUCUGGAAGAGCUUUCACAGCCACCUGCACCAGCUGGGGGACACUGCCACGACCACAGAGCUGCCGUCCCACAAGUCUACCAGAUCCCUUUUCCAGCUUCCCAAGUGGAGCCACCAAGGAUUAUCCAGCAGACAAUGCCAACUCAGCCUGCCACCAUCAUCCAGCAGCUGCCUCAGCCAUCCCCUGUGAUCACACAGAUUCCCCCAGCCCAGCCCUUUGCAGCCCCCCGCUCUGGGAGCAUUAAAGAAGAUAUGGUGGAGAUGAUGCUGAUGCAGAAUGCUCAGAUGCACCAGAUCAUGAUGCAGAACAUGAUGCUGAAGGCUCUGCCACCCACGGUGCUCGCACAGCUUGGGGCAGCCAGCUCUGCCCUGCUCCAGCACCCACAGCAGGACCUGCAGCUCGCUGCUCCCCUGGCCGUGAGAGCAGACAGGCCCAAGGCACCUGUGGUGCACCACCACCACCAUUACCCUCCCACGGGGAUGCUCCCAGUUCCCCCCAGCAGCUUCCUGUCCCCAUCCACGGCACAGCACUGGACCAGCAGCUCUGCCCAGCCCACGUGGCCCUCAUACUGA